CGUUUCUUUUUGUUCCCUCUAUAAUCUACUCUUCCUAUGGGCACCGACUACUACAAGCUCCUUGGCGUCGAUCGGAACGCCAGUGAAGAUGACAUUAAAAAGGCUUACAAGAAGAUGGCAUUGAAAUGGCAUCCCGAUCGCAAUGCUGGAUCAGAAGAAGCCUCGAGGAAAUUUAAGGAGAUUUCGGAAGCUUUCGAAGUCCUCAGCGACAAGAACAAGAGAGCUGUCUACGACCAAUUCGGCGAGGAGGGUCUCAAGGGCGGAGGACCCGCGCCAGGCGCUUCGGGACCAGGAGGCUUCCCUGGUUUCAGCGGUUUCGGCGGCUCUGGAGGCACGCCGUUCACCUUCACUCCCGGCUCUGGAGGCUUUGGUGGCGGCAGAGGCGGAUUCAGUCCGACUGACCCGAACAAGAUCUUCGAGUCGAUAUUUGGCAUGGGCGGCAUGGGUAGCAUGGGCGGCAUGGGUAGCAUGGGCGGCAUGGGUGGCAUGGGCGGCAUGGGCGGUAUGGGCGGUUUCCCCCCAGGCAUGCGGUCGACGAUGUUCUCACAUGGCGAUCACGACGAUGAUAUGAACGGGUUCUUCGCAAACUCAAGUGGAAUACCGGGAGGAAUGCCCAAUGGGUCUGCGCGUGGCCGGCGGCCAGCGUCCCCCGCACCGGCCGCGGGUCCCUCAGAGAUAACACGACCGCUCAAGGUGUCCCUGGAGGACCUGUAUAAUGGCGCAACAAAGCGCCUCAAGGUCGGGCGCAGACUACUCAAUGGCUCGACUGAAGACAAGGUCCUCGAGAUCCAGGUGUACCCCGGCUGGAAGAGCGGCACGAAGAUCCGAUUUCCUAAGGCUGGGAAUGAGCAAUCGACCGGCGAGGCACAAGACCUCGUGUUUGUCGUCGAGGAGAAGCCACACGACCAUUUCAAGCGCGAGGGCAACGACCUCGUUUCACACGUCCAGGUACCAUUAGUCGACGCGCUUACAGGUGGCGGUGGUAAGAAGGUUGUCGAGCACCUUGAUGGACGAAAGCUGCAAGUCCCCAUUCCGAGCGGCAUUGUCAAGCCAGGCAUGACAACAACAGUCUCCGGCGAGGGCAUGCCAAUUCGGAAAGAAGGCAGCGCGAAGAAAAAGGGUGACCUGCUCGUCAAGUGGGACGUUGUAUUCCCUAACAGCCUAACACCCGCUCAGAAGGAAGGCAUCCGGAAAGUUCUUGGUUGAAAGAGGAAACUAUUGGACCGCUAGCUGUAUUAUUUUGGACGCUUUGCAUCGCAUGUCACACCGUAAUAUUUGCAUAUAAUAUACCACUAGUGUAGGAAUGAUACC